GUGGAGGAUCUGCGGCUGGAGCGGGACCAGCUGAGGCAGACGGCGGAGGCCCUGAGGCAAAGGUCGCAGGUCAGCUCCGAGGCCAGGGUCAAGGACAUCGAGAAGGAGAACGCGAUCCUGCACCAGGCCAUGGCAGAGGCUGGGCUGAGGCAGAGCACCCUGGCUUCCGAGAGGAACCAGGCCCUGCUCGAGCUGGAGCAGAGCCGGGCCCUGGCUGAGAAGGCCGAGCCUCUGUCCCGGGAGCUAGGCCGCAUUCGCCUGCUGAACGAGGAGCUCCGAGAGCGGGCUACAGAGCUGGAAAGCAGCCUGGGGAGGCUCCCGGCGCUGGAGGAGAAGGCCUCGGGACUGCAGGCCGAGAACGGGAGGCUCCGCCAGAGCCUGGAGACAGUCACCGUGAGGCUCGAGGCCUCAGAGCAGGAGAGGGCCCGUUGCGAGGAGGAGAGCCUGAGGCUGAGGGAGGCGGAGGGGGCGGCGCUGGAGCGGGCCGAGAUGGAGAACCGGGAGCUGGGGAGGGAGAGGGAUCGGCUGCGCAGGGAGGCGGCCCGGCUGGAGGGGGCCCUAGCCAGGGGUCAGGAGCAGGCUUCGGCCUACCGGGCCGCCCAGUCGGAGCUUCAGCAGCUCCGCCGGAGCCUGGAGGGCACCAGGGGGCGCCUCUCGGAGCUGGAGAAGGAGGCCGAGGAGUCAGAGGCGGAGGCCCAGAGGCGGCAGCGGGAGCUGGAGGAGCAGCGGGCGGCAUGCGGCCUGUUGGAGCAGGCCCGACAGGCCCUGGAGCAGGAGUUGGAGCAGGCCGAGGGGGAGAGGAGGCAGCUGGCCAAGGAGAACCGGCGCCUCAGGCAGCACGCGCAGAGCCGCGACACCUCCCUGGAGGAGCAGAGCCAGCGGGCGGCCGGGCUGGAGCUCGAGAACCGACGCCUGCUGCAGCAGAUCAGCCGGGCCCAGGAGGACCGCGACAGCCUGGCGGAGGCGCAGGCCGAGAACUCCCAGCUCCAGCAGCAGCUCGCCGUCAGCAAGGGAGAGGCCUCCGGCCUUCGCGAGGACCUGAUGAGUGAGAAACUGAGGGCCCAAGGGCUCAGUAACCAACUGGACAGUCUGAGUCACAAACUGGAACGGAUGGGCAUUGAACAGGGCCAAGUGCUGCCUGCAGGCGACGAGAGUAGUUUUCGGUUGUUGGAGGAGAGGUUGGACUCCGUUUUUAAGGACUCUCUGAUGAUCCGGGAGACUCACAUCACCAACCUGAGGAGCCAACUGGAGGAUGCUGGGAGGCGGAACCAGGAGCUCAGUGACCAGCUCCGGGAGCUAAAGCGGGAGCUGGAAAAGCCAGAGCGGAGGGAAGAGUCACUGGGCAGGACAGUUGCCAUGACGAUGGAGGGUGAGGCGCCGUCUGAGGCCAAGUCGGAACGUCGGGAAUCUCUGAGGGAAGUGAGCAGCGACCGUCUGAUUGAGGUGGAGAGGAAGGUAAGGCCUAUCCACCAGCCACCCCAAAGACCUGGGGGAGGGCAAGGGGCGAUGGUCAAGAAUUAGGCCAUGGGCCUCCCACUCUGGCAAAUGGGACUAGAUUAGGUAAGGCUAUCUGGUCGGUAUGGACGAGUUGGGCCGAAUGGUCUGCUUCCGUGCUGUACAUCUCCAUGACGGAAAGAAAGUGGUGACUGUGUCCUUAACCAAUAACAGAAAGGUCUGAAGCCAUUGGCAGGUUUUGGAGAGAGAAAGAGACAGAGAGAAGGAGAGAGAGACAGAAAGAGAGAGGG